AUGCGGCCAGCUCCAUGGCUGCUUCUGACCUCGUCGACCAGGGCGGCCUUUGGCCCACCUACGAAACCUACGAAAGCUUCACAGGCUAACCUGCUGACCGCAAUCCGUCGUCGCUGGGUUUACAGCGGCACCGACAACCCAAAUCGAGUAUGGGGCCCUCAAGAGCUGUCCCGUAUCGCGCAGGAGACGGGCCCCUUCAUCUUCCAUCUGACCUCGGAAAACCCGUUUCUCAAUCUCUCGAUCGAGCACUUCCUGCUCACCAAGUCUCAUCCUGACUCACACAUCCUCCUGUUCUACACCCACAGACCCUGUGUGGUCGUCGGCCGCAAUCAGAAUCCAUGGCUCGAAGCGGAUCUCAAGAGGCUGCAAGAGGGUCUGCCUGUUGAAGAGCAGGCAGUGGGAAAAAGAGGCGGCGAGAGCUACACGUCGAGGACAGCCUCGCUGAAGUCUCCACACAACCAGAACAAUGUGCCGCCGGAGAUCGUGCCCAUCGACCUCGUCCGUCGCCGCAGCGGAGGCGGCACUGUGUUUCAUGACUCGGGAAACCUGAACUACUCCGUUAUCGUCCCGAACACCAAGACGUUCAAGAGGAGCACUCAUGCUGAAAUGGUGGUGCGGGGCCUUGAAAGCCUUGCGAGUGCUAGAUCUGCAUCUACAUCCUCGUCGUCAGGUGUACCUCGCGGGAGAUACAGCUUUGGCUCCGUCCGGGUCAACGAGCGCAACGACAUUGUCAUGCAACAGCCAGGCGCAGCCGAGUGGUUGAAGGUCAGCGGCAGUGCGUACAAAUUGACCAGGGGCCGAGCCUUACAUCACGGUACAUUGCUUUACUCCAGCCCGUACGUGAACAAAAUCUCCGAGUUGCUGAGAAGUCCCGGUCGGGGCCUCAUCAGUGCCAAGGGGGUGGAGAGCGUGCGCAGCAAAGUUGGGAACCUCGCAUGGACGCCCAACCCGCACGAGAGGGAGGUGGUCAGGGCAGAGAUCACAGAAGCGAUCACAAGGGAGUUCUGGAAGAUGUACGGAGGUGGCGAGGCCCGCAAGCCCGGGACAGACGAGAUCACCCUCGCAGCCGGUGCGAAUGAGUUCAAUUCCGCAAUAGCAUCCGGCGUGCAAGAGCUUACCUCGCCGAGCUGGAUUUUCGAACAGACGCCCCGGUUCGAGUUUGCAAGCGGCAUGCUCGAGAACCACGAGAUCAUACUCUCCGCGAACCGUGGCGUCUUAAAAUCGUUGACAGUGCAAAGCCCAGUUGCAGUUCCCGACUCGGAGCGGAGUGAGGGUGGAAACAACGAGGUGGUCUGGACGACGAGGCGAAUACAUUUUGGAAAACAGGAAAGAUCAUCUGCAGGUACGGAGAUGGAAGAAGGACCUCGAGUAGAGUCGGAAGAGAAAGACGGGGAGCUGCUGGUGCUCGAUGAGGAAGUCAAGUUGCACGAUGUGAAGAAUUGGAGGGAGUUGCUCACCACUGAUGCUGGCAAGAGUGCAAACGGUGUCGAGACCUCUACGAUAACGAACAAGGGGAAGACGCAGGCGACCGUGCCGGACGCUUUGAUCCAGAGACUCGAAGCGAUAUUUCCCAGCUAUAAAUAA